CAUUCCUGAAUGACUUUUUGAAUCAUCGAUUUAGUUUCUACUGUGAAAUCGUGCGGGUGUUUCUGAAACAUUGUUUUCAAGAAAAACGUUUAAAAACUGCUAAUUUUUAAGCCUUUCAAAAACAAGGUGUUUUAAAAUACCAGGAAAUAUCAAUCUUAAGAAUGCCGGCUGCAGUUCCCGCCGAAAAUGGGGCCGGUGUCCCAAAAACAGAGCUGCAAGAGUUGCAGCUCAAACAACAGCAGGUUGUGGAUGAGUCACUCGACAGUACACGACGCAUGCUGGCGCUAUGCGAAGAGAGCAAGGAAGCUGGGAUUCGCACCCUGGUAGCCCUUGACGAUCAGGGAGAGCAACUGGACCGCAUUGAAGAGGGCAUGGACCAAAUAAAUGCCGAUAUGAGAGAAGCCGAAAAAAAUCUCAGCGGAAUGGAAAAAUGCUGUGGCAUUUGCGUACUGCCAUGCAAUAAGAGCGCAUCCUUUAAGGAAGACGACGGAACUUGGAAAGGUAACGACGACGGUAAAGUUGUAAACAAUCAACCACAAAGAGUUAUGGACGACCGUAAUGGACUAGGACCACAAGCCGGUUACAUUGGAAGAAUAACCAAUGACGCGCGUGAAGACGAAAUGGAGGAAAAUAUGGGACAAGUCAACACGAUGAUCGGUAAUUUGCGGAACAUGGCCCUGGAUAUGGGAUCUGAACUUGAGAAUCAGAACAGACAGAUUGACAGAGUUAAUCGUAAGGGUGCAUCCAACGAGGACAGGAUAAAGGUGGCAAACGAGAAAGCACAUUCGUUGCUCAAAUAAGAAGGUUUUCUCUGAUUUGUAUAAUUGUGUUAUAAAUCUUACUAUACAUAUGUAAUUAGUGGUAAAGUUUAGUUGAUGUUUAAAAAUUUCAGUUCGAUGCUUCUGCAUUUUUUUCUUGUUCAAGUAUUAACUUUAUGUGUAAAAUAAACAAACAAACAGACAAACAAUCAGAAAUCAACUGUAUUACCUGAAUAAUUUUAUAUGAUUUAUUCUAAACAAUAAAGAUCUCGUUACCAAAAUCUUCAAUGAAUAAUCUGAUCAUGGCAUUUAUGUACACUUACGUAAUUUUGUGCGAGAUUGUUGUUUUAGGAAGUCAUUAAAACUGAUAUCAUUCCUAUAGAAACAAUCUAAAUCGCUAUAAUGAGCCAUGCGGCCCUUACUAGCCAGGCGCAUGUAUAAUUGAUGGAAUACUUAUUUUUGUUAACGCACCUUUUGACUUACUUUAUCGCACGGCAUCCACAUCACACAGGGAGAGUCCAACGCAACCAGGAUAGCAGCGGCAAAUGAGAGAGCCCACAGUCUUCUGAAAUAAACAGACCCAACGAAGCAUGAAAGAUUAAUAUUAUUACUGAUAAGAUUGAGUGUAUGAUUGCUAGUGCAUUACGAAUGUGUGACACAGAGAAGUGAAAGUGAAAUCUAUUGUUUAUAGUUACAAAUUCACAGUCAAUGGCACUUAAAUAUUAUAUGAUUGAAAAAUAUGUAUAAUUCUCUAUCAUUUUCAAUAUUGAUCAAACCUUUGAAGAAGGUUAGCCUCGCUAAAAACUUUGUUCAGUAGUAUAAACGAUUGCAAACUUAUUUUACAAAGCAUAGAAUAUCUUCCGUUUAUGGGAGAAUAAAUAGUACAUUAGAACGCUUUAUUUGUCUCCAGGAGGAUCACCCGUGUAAUGAACUAAGAUUUUAUGUUGUAACUUGUGGACGGCGUUUCAGAACGUAAAGGACGCAUAAAUUGAGAAACAAUCUUAUCUCGUCGUGAUUGUAAGUUGUACGGAAACUAACGCAUGAGUUUUGUCAAUUUUCCAAAAGUAGCAAAAUCUCGAUUCUUGCAAAAAUAAAUCAUCAUCAAUCAUGGCUAGACUAGAAAACGAAACUCAGAAAGAAUCGACUAAAUUCAUUCAAUACUUUUCACAUGGUCGGAACACAACUCUAAAACUAUCUCUCCAAUAUGGCCCUCUAGUUGAUAAUCAUCUGGACCAGAAACAAUAACUUACAUUGUUCUGUUUUUGUGUUUUUUCCUUUUAUAGUGCUACAAAAGUGAUCCCCCUAAACAACAUUAUCUUGAGUAUUUAUCGCAGAUAUAACAAAUAUUAUAACCUGUAAAAAUUAUGGAAUCUCCAUCUUAAUAUCAUAAAAAUAUAUUAAAACAAUAACCUUGUAAAAAGAAUAUAAAAUCCGCUUGUUAAAUUAUAUACAUAUAUAAUAUAUAUAUACAAAACUACACAUUAAACAGCGAACAAUAUAUUGAAAAUUCCCAAUAUGCGAAAAUUAAAAGUUACUGUUUGACAAGUGAGGAAAGUUACAUUAACAUCUCAGUCUAGUUUUAAACACUACUAUUCAUUGUAAUUCCAGUUUGAUUGUUACAAUGAGUGAUAUAUAGAAGCAACGAUGAUAACAAUAGCGUCUCGUUAAAAACAGUGCUAUACUUAUCCAUCGGAAUUGGAUAUCGCAUUGAUUGAGAAUUUCGGAAAUAUUGGGACCAAAGUAUCUGGCUAGAGAACCCGCGUUUGAACGCGGUUAAUUUUUCAGAUUGCAUCAUGUGGUGGUUAUAAUGAUGCAUCGGUCAUCGGUUGAAUAAAUAAUGAGGAAACAGUAGGAAGUGUACAUUUGUAACGCUGUGUGACAAGCGAACGUUUGUUAUUGUUAUUGUUUUUUAAGUUUUAAACGCUUGUUCGCGCGAAAAAGUGAAGUCAAACAAAGCAAUACCAAAUUGAUGUGUAUUUACUACCGUUGAACAAUUUUUCUUAGCGUUUUCGAUGCAUAAAUUUAUUAUGCAACGUUUUAAACAAAUCAUGUAAAUUUUUUUUAAAGGAAGCCGAUACAUCAAUUCCAAACUUCUAGGCUUCUCAAAACUGUUAUAGAUUUUUGUUAAUUUCUCCCACCGAUAUGAAUACCCUUUUAAUGUUUAUCUUCUCUACGCUAAUGUAUUGAAAAACUAAAACUAUCAAUUACAGUAAUUAUAUGCACACCGCAAUGUUCUUGGUAAUUUCUAGUUAUGUUCAUUACUCUUAUGUAGUCUGAUUUUUAUGUGCUUCUUGUAAAGUUACAAGGGAAAACGUUAUUAAUAGAGAAAUUUUAAACGCUUCCUAACAAAUCGCAUCAAGAUGAUAGAUCAUCAAGAAGCAUACAUAAGUAAAAAAAUUGAAAAUAAAAUCAUUAGUUUUAUAAUUGUCUGAUUCUUGACUCUAGCUAAAAUAACCUAGGAUGAAGUUUGUAACUAACUAGUGAAAUGGAAAAUAACAAAAGACCGCAGACAGACAUCCAAGCUGAGUUCCCGACAUGUGUAAAGUUUUAUGGUUUAUAUAUGUGUAAAGUUUUAACUUUAUAGUAAUACGUAACCAGACAAUUGAUUUAUAACGUAUUUCUAUUUAAAAAUUUUCACAGAAUUUUUGAUCAAUGUUGUUCUUACUUGAACGUCUGUCUGUGAGAAACCGUUUAUUCUAUGGGCCUAUCCGAUUUUGCCAUGAUACAGUUGAAUGCUUAAUACUAUCUAUUCGAACAACACUCACUUUGAGAGCACACGUGACAGCGAAAAAAAAGGAUUUCCAAACGGAAUGUAUACCGUGACGCGUAACGAAAAGUCUCCAACCAUUAAUGACACUUCAUGUUUUAAAACCUGUGCUUUACCAUUAAAUACUUUUUAUAUAGAUCAUUGCCCGAUGACGUCAUCGAAGAGAUUUUGACAGUUCAGGAAUGUAACUCUUCGGACUUAGUUUUAGAAAGGGGAUAUUGUUUUCUAAUACUUUUCGGAAUUAACCCUCUAGUGCCAAAAUAAGUUUUUAGACGGACUUCGAUCAAAUCACUAUGAAGCUUUAUAAAUAUUUUUCAAGUUCAUGUUGGAGCUUUUUAGAGGUUCAGCUGAAGACCGUCUAAAGGCGGCACUGGGCACUAGAGGGUUAAAGUACUGUAAUAAUAAAUGUGUUCAUUUUUACUGGGUUUUCAUGCGUUUUCUAAUGGAACCUAAUGGUCUGGUCACACCUUGUAAACUUUCCAAUUCUAACACCUUGUAAACUUUCCUGAAGUGUCAAGAAAAGUGAUUUUAGACCACUUUGUGUAAUGAUCUUUUGAUAGUGAUCUUCAGUUACUUUUCUUUUGUUUACUUAUGUUGUUUUUUUAUGUUUUCUUUAUUUUCAUAGGGUGAUGAAAACACUACCAGGCUUGAGGAAGCUAGCAAACGGGCUGGUCAGCUGUUGCGAAGCUAGCAGGGAAAUUUUGAUGUCGUUUUGGUUACCUUUUGUUAUGAAUUGACGUUAUUUACGAUUUUUUAACAUCAUUUCUCAACCACAGGCAGUAGUACUUAGAAUUGCAUAUUUGUCCUACGGUAUGUAUAUUUUUGUUUAUAGGAUAAAUGUGAAUCUAAGUGAAGCAAAAACUCUUUGAAAAAAUAAUAUGUGAUACGUCGAAAAAAUCAACAACAGCUUCAGACAUACUUAGCUUUCUUUUAUUUUUUAUUUUGAAGCAUACAUUCAUUGUUAUCGUGAUUGUUUUUUUUUUUUUUUUUUUGGUACAUACAACCAACCCGGUUAAUUGAGAUAGCAAACCAUAUCAAUUUCGAAAAUAUUACCUAUAAUAAAAUGUGGUUGUUAAAUUCGCAUCACAUAAUAAUGCAAGAUUUUCGCAGUAACUUAUCGUUCGCACCGAAAUCCAGACUAAUAGUCUUCUGAUUCCAAUCUUUAUUGAUAUUAUAAACUUAAGAUCGUCAAGAAGCGCACGCCUGUUUAUUGAGAUUAAUCUCCAGUCUAUUUCUACCGGGAGUAAAUCUUCAUCAAACAGAAUAUCGCUAGCAAUAAUAGAGAAAACACAAAUGUGAUAUUCCAACAUAAAACUUAACAACUUCUAUAACAAAGAAUAGUAAGAAGUGUAUGAAAUAAUAAGACUUCCAGUUACUUUAUGUAUGAGUCAUUAUUCAAAAUAUGAGUACUUUGUUAAACUGGCUGAUUAUUUAAUUUUGCAGAUUGCUCUAUGAAGUGGAUAAAUUUCGAUCAGUUUGAAAAAUAGAUGAGAUAAAACAUGUACAGUUUUGCCACAAAUCAAUGAACGAUGCUCUUCAAUCCUAUAUCCUCUCUAGCCCCCUCUGCGACACUAUCAAAAUUAGACAUAUAAAAAUAAUAUUUCAAAACGAGUUGGAAACUCCCCUUCGAUAUUUUAUUAUCGAAAUUUUCGCCAAACAUGCUACGAAAUAUUUUUUCAAUGAAUACUGUUUCAGUCGAUAACUUAUUCUGGUUAUACCAAUGUUGCCUUAGUAUUUACUGCGGAUAUAUUUGCCACAUAGAAGGUAAAUUGGUUGUCUAUUACUUCUAAGCAAUUGUACUAAAUUGUACUAAAGUCAUUGAAUUCUUGUUCAUUUAACGCAAAACAGAUUGGAACGGUUCACUUAGCUGUAUGCUAUGAUGAAUGAUACUUAUCUAAAAACGUUAGAUAUUUACCAAGGAUACUACUUUUCUCCAAAUUAAUUGAAAAGCAAUGUCAUAUACUCUUACAUAACUAGAGCUCGGAAUGCAAUACUCAAACAUUUUUUUUCAUGAACCCGAAUCAUUUCAAAAAAUUGUCCUCAUAAGUCUGAUUUUUUUUUGUCCUUGCUAAAAGUGUUCGAAUCAAAUUUCGAUAUUCGGCUAUCAAUAGGAUUCGAAUUUUGAACGACACUAUUGUAACAGUCAAACUUGUUGUAUCAAGCAGGCUAUUGGAAGUGACUAAUUAGAUUGGUUGAAAAAUUUAUUUCUCAUCUAUUAAUAUCCAGCAUUAUUACUAAAUGGAAAUAAAAAAAGAUUUUUUCAAAUGAUAGUGAGAUAAAUUUCAUAAAUUACCACGGUUAAAGCUGCGUUUUUGUUUUGUAUUACGUGGCUCUAAUCUUAUGAAACGUUGUUCGAUCGCUCUGAUUUUUCUACAUUUGGCAUAUCGUGAGAUAUCAGAGCAACUUUCUAAGCUUUUCAUUCACUCUUUAAUUAUUUAUUAUUACCUCAUAUUGGACGUCAUAGAGGGGUUGUUAUUAGGGCAUGUUAAAUAAAAUGGUUAAAGUAUUCGCCUUUACUGGAAAAAUUUACAUCAAUUAACGCGAAACACACAUUUCCUAACCAUUACUUAAAACGUGCUGCUUGAACAAUAAUGCUAGUUAGCAAUUUAGUAACGUAUUGAGCACACCGAUUAUUGAAAAGAUUGAGUAUCGCAAGUUCACUUCUCUAUGGAUUGAAGCAAUGAACUUUUGUGUAAAAGUGAAGUUCUAGUUACGUUUUGUUAAUAUGAAUUUUACCCAAAAUGUGACUUCGAAUAAUUUCAAGUCACCUAUCCUGGUACUUAAGUCCAGCAGCCGUAUAGUAAUCAAGAUGAAACAAUGUGUCAAAAAUUUAGAGUACACUUUACGCGAAGAUCCCAAAUUCAAAGCGUUGAGAUCGUAAGUUAUUACCAGCAGUAGUAGAAUGUCUUAGCUGAAAUUCACCAUUUAUCGGCUUUAUGAUCUGCUGGAAAAGUGAAGCUCACAAAAGAAAAACUAAAUUUAUCGCUUUGAAACAUAUUCAUCUCUGGUUGUCUUUGAAAACUCUAUGUGUGUUGUAGAAAUCCAAAACCGUCUUUAUAUCUGAAGAAAAAAUACUAAUAUCUGCUAUUUUUUUUUUAAUUGUGUUUGUUCACACAAAACUACGCCGUAUGAGCAAAAAUGGUUUCUAGACUUUUUUGAAGAAGCUAAACUCGAAAAGCAAGUACGUUUUCGUUUAAAUGACACCUUUUUCAAUUUUGAUAGAUUAUUUAUUAUAUUAUUUUCUAUAUUUUUGUUUAUAAACUUUUUCAGAUGAUCUACAUUUUUUAGUGAUUUUGAUGAAUAAUUCCCGGAAAUAGUUAUUCUUUCACAAAAAAAUGCGGUUAACAUUUGAUUUUCACUUGCAUUAUAAAACUAAACUUGUGUUUACCUUCAAAAGCACCAAAAUUCAACUAUUUCACUUUCGUCCUUUGAUUCGCAUAAACCGCAACACGUUGAAAGGCACCUCUUGGUUUGAGGCGGUUACGUUGCCCAAGCAUGUUUACAAUAUGUGCAUCAUGAACCAAUAAUUGCUAACUACUAAAAAUAAUUUAAAAACCUUUUUUGAAAAACCCUUUUUUAGAAACCAAUACGUUGGUAUUUGAAACCUUUGAUUUAUAACACUGCUACAGUUUCUUUCAUCUUUUAUUGACGUAACCAUAGAAACCUAAAACACCUAUUUUUCUUCGGAAGCACCUAUUGAUCCCAACAAUUAUAAACUAGUAUUACUGAAAAAUUAAAUCGAACUACCGAGCCAACUUUGAGAUUGCUAUGUUCUCACAGAUUAAAAAGAGCAUUUUGUAAUGUUUAGUAUUCUGUUGAAGUCUUAUUUGAAACUCAUAAACAAAACUCAAACGAAGAAAAUAGUCAGGGAAAAUGUUUAAUCAUAUUUAUCUCACGAAAGUUUACAAAAAUCCUGUCUUACGCGAAUUGCAAGCAUGUUUUAUUCUCUGGACUUGAAUAGCUUUCAUCAUAAUUUAACUAUUUCAACCAUCGUUACAACAUAUUAUUUAUAUUAUUAUUCUGUGAACAAACAUAACGAACAAAAUGCGAAAAGAAGAAAACUUUAGGAGAAGAAAUAAUGCAUAAAAAUAGAUUAGUUAUAUUAAUAAUAUGGUUAAUAUUUUUCAAAUGUAUUAUUAAUAAAGGACAAAAAUAAAAUUUAAAAAAA